CAUUUGAUUAUUGCUGAUUUAUCUUUUAUCUAUGGCUGGUAUAUUGAAAUUAUAUGUUUGCUCAAUCAAUUUCUUAUUUUAAACCACCCUUUCAUCAUCCUUUUUUACAUAUUAUCAAUAAACAAAUAAUAUUAAGAAAUUGGAGUUAAAGUAAUUCGUAAAUUGUUGUUUAAAACAUUCGAAUAUUGCUGAAUUAUCUUUUAUCUAUGGCUUGUAUAUUGCAAUUAUAUGUUAAAUAUUUUGCUUCUUUUAGAUCUUUUUAACUAUUAUGUGUGAAGAUUUAAAGGUGGAGGAACUCGAGUUAAAGUUUUAAAAUUUCAAAAGAAAUUAAUAGUUUAUAUAUUUGAAGUUUCCAUUUUAUUUCAUUAUCUUUUAUCUAUGGGAGACAGAGAAGGGACUUCCAAGCAGGGACUAGGGAGUAGGGAGGUCAUCAACGAUAUGGAAUCCAACUAUGAUGAGGAUCUUAGCGAGAACAUCUUUUUCAAAGUUCUCCAAAACGAGUAUUUUGAUUUGUUCUCGAAGGCGACUGCAGAAGGAUGGAUAAUUUGUGUACCCAGGGCGGACUCGAUACCCAAAUAUGCCUUGGAUGCCAACGAUUUUUUCAGCCACGUCCUUAUACCAAACGAGGAACUUCCCGAAACGCAUUUUAGGACGCUCAACGGCAAAGAGGUCAGGAUUUGCAACAGAGUGGUCAUAGUGGACAGCGAAGAUGCGGUGACAUUCACCACUCAUGUUCUGUUUGAAGAGACCUACUACACCGCAGACAUGCUGAGGUACAAAGUGCUCUGUGUCGAGUCUCCAUUACAGCAUUGUUCAGACGAUCUUAAAACAGAAUCGGGAAUAAUCACCGUACACAAUCUGCGAGACUGCAUCGAUUUUCUUUGGACCGAAAGCAGUAAAGAAGUCCUGGAGAGGAUAGACGAAGCGGUACAGACAUUCUUGUCUGCGAAUGACAGGCUCGAGUUUAAAUCACUCCAAGAUCAGAAAGACGCCAUAAGUGAGCUUUAUACCAAAUGCCUAAAUAUUGCGUUAAAAGACUCAAAGCUGAGAGAGAAGACGUACAUGAACAGACACAUGUUGGACAAUGCGAAAGUCAGUGUAGAAUCAUAUAUGCACCAUAACGUUUACGGUAAGCUCAUGAAAGGUAUAUCAGCCUGUACUGCUUAUGAAGACGCAUGCUUUAACAAAAUUGUUAGGAAUUUAUACGACAUACAGUUGAAAGAUUUGAAAAUUGGUUCUGAAUUUCAAGUUGUGAUACCCAAAGCACGCUCUGAACUGAAGAAAAUUGAAUGCUAUAGUACCGUCGUCGGUAAAGUCGGUUGUUUAAGAAAAACUAUAGUCGCUAUCACUAACGAGGAUGCUGCAUUAAGUCAGAUGAAUGUUCUUGCCGCGGACGAACUCCUUCCAAUGUUGGUCUUUCUUGUGGCCAAGUCUGGCAUUCCAAACUGGAUCGCCCACCUGACUUUCAUUAAGGAAUUUUCUUUCUCAAACAGCGCUUUUCAUGGAAACCAGCAUAACUUUUUAGUCACCUCUUUAGAAGCUGCCAUAACUUAUAUUAAAACAGAUCUAAAAGUUGAACCCUCAGAGCCUGAAAGUCAGUUAAUUUAUAAUGAUUUAGAAGACAAUAAAAUAAAGGCAGAGCGGGGUUCUUCUCGUUUAAGCUCACUGUUCGAUUUUGCCAAAGAAGGAAAUUUAGAGAAAGUCCAGGAAAUUUUAGGUACGAAAGACAUCGGAAUCGGAAGCCUAGAAGGGCUCAAUUUGUGCCAUCCUCUUUGUUCUUGUGACCGAUGUGAAAAAGAGUUGAGCAUUAGUAUGCACAUGUCACCGACUAUCCAAUCUUGUGAUGACAGGGGUUUCACCGUACUUCACAUUGCCAGUAUGUACGGACAACCGAAAAUUGUCGAUUUACUUGUCAGAUUAGGGGCAAAAUUGAAUAAAACAGAUUACAAAGGUGCCACAGCAUUGCACUAUGCCGGUGCCAGAGGUCACCAGAAUUCUCUUCUGAUUUUGCUUCACGCAGGAGCAGUUUUUGAUCAGCCGGAUAAUGAAGGAAAUACAGUUUUACACUUGGCUGCUGCCAAUGGUCAUGAAUCUUGUGUCAAAGCCCUUCUUUAUUUCACUGAACAAACCUGGGAGAAACUCGACAUCAAUUGUUUAAAUAACCAAGGUGAAACUCCUUUACACAACGCAUCCCGUUGGGGUUUUACCAAUAUCACAGCGAUACUUUUAGAAUAUGGGGCUUCUCCUUUGAUAGAAAACAAAAGGAAGCUGACACCGGUUGAUGUAGCCAACAAUAUUCAUAUUCUAGAACAACUCUCGUCUAACAAGAUUCAGAAGAUGGAUACAUCGCUGAUAGAAAGCGACAUUUCGAUAACAUCUAAGAGUCUAGAUUUCACAGAUGAGGAAUCUCCUGUUAAAAAGACAUCAGCUGUGAGACCAAAGUCUACUGAUGACAUAAGAAAAAUAGAAAGAGCCCUCCGAGCAAUUGCAUUCGGCGAUAUCACGCUCGCUUGUUUCUACCUCGGUCUCGAGAUGAACAGCAACGAAAGUCUUAACAACAACUGUCAUCCCCUCUGCUCCUGCAAAAACAAGAAAUUCAAUCCACUGGACACCAAAAACGCUUUAGACGUCAAUAGCUGCAAUGCCGAAGGAUUCACUCCACUCCACGAAGCAGCAAAGUAUGGACAGACAGAACUCAUAAAACUGCUCAUAGGAGUUUCAGCAGAUGUAAACGUGCAGACGUUCAAGUCCGGAAUGACACCGUUUCACCUCGCUUGCCAAAACCAGAAGUUCAACUCAGCCAAACUCCUAUUAGAAACUGGUUCGGUAGACGUUGACAGUACAGAUUCAUUCGGCAACACGGGCUUGCACUACGCUUCAGAGACAAACAACUUAAAAUUGAUCAAACUCAUUCUGGAAAAUCAUGGCAAGCGUGACAUUAAGAACAACUCUGGAAAGACUCCUCUGGACAUCGCUAAAGAAUCAAUGCUAAUAUCAGCAGUACAAUUGUUAACAUCUCACACCCAAAGCUGAAACUCAAAAUACACGGGACCUGAUUUAUUUUCAAAAUUGUCUGUGAUAAAAAAACAAACAACAACUAACAAAAUAGUCUAGUUUUAUAAUAUAGUCUGAGAAAUAUUUACUUACUGGAA